AUGAGUACAGCCAGAUUCAAAAAUACAGAUUUUAGAAUAUAAGAGUUAUAAAAUGAAAUAGAUACUCUUAUGACUCAACUCUAAUCUAAUUCAAAAAAUAUAUCUUCAUCUUAAUCAGAACAUUUAUAAAUGAUCAUCGAAGAUUUGCAUUCUACUAAUUUUCAAACAUAAGAACUAUCUAAAGAAUCAGAAUAAUUAACUGAUGCAUUAUAUUCUCAAUCAGAUCAUGAUGUAAUAUUAACAUAAGCAUAAAUGAAAAAAAUACAAUCUUCCUUGAAUCAGUCAUUAUCAAUCACAAAAUAAGUAACAUUAAUUUUAAUAUUUAGAAUCUCUAAAAUUUGGAAAGAGAUAUAGAAUUAAUUGAAAAGGCAUUGUAAACUACUCAAGACUAAAACAAAAUUUAUAAUGAAAGUUUGAAUAAAUUUAAAGAAAAUCUCAAAAUUUGUGAUACCCAAGUUGUCAAAGUACUUGAUCAAAAUGCAUACAAUAAUUGGAAUAAAAUUAAAUAAUUUUUUGACGUUGAUGUUAUUUUAACAUCUGUACCUUUAGGAUUACUUAUGAAAUUAUAAUUAUACAUACUAAAAUUAACAGAAGUGUGUAAUUCCAAUUCAAUUAAAGCUAAAUAGCAAAUUAAUGAAGAUUUAAUAACCCUUUUAAUUGAAAUGAAUUGCUAAAAUUCACUUUUCUAAAAUAUUAAUUUACUUGAGUAAUACAUUACAGCUGUGUUAAAAUCCAAUAAUAAAAUCAAUCUAUUUUUGUUUAUUUAAAAAUGCUUAAAUUCAAUGCAUUUUAACUUUUGCUAAUUAGCUUAAAUCUUUAACCAGCAUAAUAUAUCUCAUAAGAUUUAACUUUAAAUAUAAUAAGAAACUGCCACUAAGAAUCAAUCUUUAAAGUAAUUUUAGUGCAAGAAAUCCUCCUUAAUGAUAGAGAUGGAAAAAUACAAAAAAUAAAGUAAAGAAUUAAUUACCUAACUUGCUUAAUUAGAUAAAUAAUUAGAAAAAUAAAUAGAGGGUGAAACAUAACAUCUUUUAAGUAUGUACUUGAGAGAUAAAGAAUAAAGUAUAUCUGAAAUAAAAAAAAAAUAUGGAAAAAAAUAUUUUGAUAAUAUGCUUUCAGAUGUUAAAUAAGAAUUUAAGAAAAUCUGUCUAAAUUAACAAGUUUAAUAUGCUAACAGUAUUGAAUAAGCUUUUUUAAGAGUUGAUGUCAUUAACUCUCAAUUAAUAAAAAACAAAACUAAAGCUCAAUAAUUAAUUUAAUAAUAUUCUUAAUAAAAGUUUAAGAAAUCUAGUAUUUUAAUUUUGUAGUUAAAUGGAAUAGAUAAAAGGGAAUAUUUACUAGAAUUGUAAUAAUGCAAAAUAACACUUUUGCAAAUUGAAAAUAAAGUAGAAAGAAAGAUCCUAAUAUAAGAUUUAGAUGAUUUAUUAUUACAAAUUUAAUAUCAAGUAAAUGACAUCAAAUUAAGAAUCUAAGCAAGUAAUAUUCCUUAAAAAAUAAGGAGUGAUUCAAUAGACACAUAAAGAAAGACUAAUAGAAAUAUUGAACAUCAUAGAUCAUAAUCAUAAACUCCUAUACAGUCACCUUAAGUAAUUGUUCCUCAAAUUACUUUAUAACUUUUGAAUAUAAAUUUGCCAAUUAACAAUCCUAGAGAGAUAUUUGAUUCUAGUGAAGAUCCAAUCAAAUCAAAUAAUAGUUAAUUGUAAUUGAGCUUCUGUGAAAAUUAGAGUAACAAAAGCAAUGAUCAGGAUAAGAUGAGCAAAACAAUUAUAGUCUAAUUUAAUUCAACUAGUAGAAUUACCUAAUAAUCAAAUAAUGUUGAUAGUCUUACAAAUUCAAGAAACGAUGAGAAUUAAAAUAAUUAAAACUAAUAAUAAAACUAAAAUUAAUCAAAUCCCCCAAAAAAGCCACAAUUAAAAGAAGUUAGAAAUAUAAUGAAUAAUUCAGAAUAAAUAUAAAAUAGCUUAAAAUCUAGUAGAAUGAAAAAAGAAUAAAAAUAAAACAGUGAAUGUAUAAAUAAACAUAAGUUGAAUAUUUUAAUUUAUUUAAAAACAGAAGAUUCAGAAAUUGCAUAUGAUCCUAUUUUAAAUUACGACCAUGAUCCAUUUAUUUUUGGAUAUAGAUUAUUUAGGAUAGAUAAUUAAUUAAAUGUAAACUAUUGUAAUAUUUUUUUAGGUCUAUAAAUCUUAAGAGGAAAAAAUCAAUUUAGAAAAUUUUGAUAAUUUAGAAGAAUUAAUAAAUCAUUUUAAUAUUAAAUAUACUUAAUUAGAGAAUAUUAAAGAAAUAGAAAUUGUAAUUAUAAUUUAAAUUUUAUUAGAAUAAUUGUAGUAUGACAGCAAUAAAAUUUCAGAAUAUAUAUGAAUCAACCCUUAGACAUGCUUGUGUGGAUAGUUUAGCUCUAAGACAUUUAAGAGUCCGUUUUUUUCCAUUUGUUUUUGUAGGAAAUCAGUAAUCCCAUUUUGGGUUGGCUGUCAAUAAAGAUGAUUUAUAAUCUUUAUAAAAGCUAUUCUCUAAAUAAUGA